AUUGGUUUUCCGUUAUUGUUCUAUUACACAUUCUUAUGUUUAUCGUUCCUCGUACCAAGAGCAAAUUUAUUUAAAGGUAACAAAUCGAUAGCCUGUUUUGUACACUUACCGGCAAAAUCAACAAAAUACAAUUACAAAAAAGUUCCAAAUGUCCAAAUCGACAAUAUACAUACGAUGUUAUAAAUAGACUUGAACAACGUUUGACUAUGGAUAGAGUAAAUGGGUCUGAUCGCCCAAUGGUCCAAAAUUCCCAGAAGUCAAAAGAAGCGUGAUAAAUUUAAGGCGAAUUCAAAUGCUUCAGGCAGAGAUUUGGCAUGCAAACUUAAAGUUUCCGAAAAAAUUAUUACAAAGUGUAAAAAUCUUGCUGGAUUGAUAACGUACUUAUGUGGUUGUGUAAUUACAGCAAAAAUUCGAGCGAGAAAGUUGUACACAGAAUUGUUAACAAAGUUUAAAUGUGUUUUGAUGGACGAUGAAAUGUAUGUCAAAACAGAUGCAGUUAAGUAAAAAAAACUUGAUGUCACAAUUGGAAAAGGUAAAGGAAAAUAUUAAGAAGUGGAAAUGGAAAAAUAUGCCUCAAAAUUUAUCGUUUGGCAAGCGAUCUGCUCAUUUCGUAAAAAAAAACAGAAUCAUUUGUUACUAAUUUUCUCACACAAUUUUAUUAGUGCAGUAUGCAGCCGGACGAUAGGCAAAUGCGCUUAAAAACUGAUAUCUGCAAGCGAACCUCGGUUAGUAAUACAAGUAAUGUGGAUUUCCGACUACGGAAUUCGGCAACGCAAAGAAUCACGAGUGGACAAAAAGAGAAGGAAAAUAACGAAAAGGCGAAUAUUAUACCGUUAAGCAGUGUAGACUGGAGUAGCAAUGAAGAAAUCUACUUUGUCAGUGAUGAUCACCAGAUCUACAAAUGGAGCGCAGUCACGCGUGAUUCAGUGGAGGUCGCCAAGCUGCCGGAUGACUUUAUACCCACUGAUUUGCAUUGGUUGCUCUUAGGCGGGCGCAACAGCGGUGGUGGCAAGGGCAGCGAUACUCUACUCAUCUGCAGCAAUGAUGGCCGCUUCAUCAUACUGAACAAAAGCGCGCGGGUCGAACGGAAUAUUUCAGCGCAUAGCGCAGCGAUAAGUACUGGACGUUGGAGUCCGGAUGGGGCAGGGCUACUCACAGCUGGCGAGGAUGGCGUUAUCAAGAUAUGGUCGCGCUCCGGCAUGCUGCGCUCCACUGUAAUACAGAGUGAUGAAGCUAUUAGCUGCGCACGUUGGGCGCCCAAUUCUACUUCAAUCGUUUUCAGUCAGGGCUGCUAUAUGUCUAUCAAACCACUCGCAGCUAAUAGCAAGUUAACAAGGUGGCGUGCUCAUGAUGGUCUCGUUCUAUCACUAAGCUGGUCCACGCAUUCGAAUAUAAUCGCUUCAGGUGGCGAAGACUUUCGUUUCAAGAUUUGGGACGCACAAGGUGCCAAUUUAUUCACAAGCUCCACUGAGGAAUAUGCUAUUACUUCAGUUUGCUUCAAUUCUGAAAAGGAUGUGCUUUUAGUGGGAUCCUUCAACAUGCUAAAACUGUGCUCCAGCGCUGGGUGGUCUUACAGUAGCAGUCGUUUCAGCGAACCCGCUGUCGGUUCCUUCUAUGCAAUGGCUUGGUCAUCGGAUGGAACACAAGUGGCUUGUGGCACUUCGACGGGCAACCUCGUGGUUGGUUAUAUUGUUGAACGCCAAUUGAUCUCACGCAAUCUGAAGGCGACAACGACGGGUCGCAAAACCAUUGUCCUACAGGAUAUCUCAAAUAGUAGCAACGAUGUUUUAGACUUUCCCGAACGAGUCAUUAAUUUUGGGUUAGGUUAUGGUCACUUAAUUGUAGCCACAUCGAAUCAAUUGCAUAUUUAUAAUGAGAAAUAUAUCAAUACGCCGAUAAUUAUUGAUGGCAGGACAGAUGUACGUGUGAUUGAAGUGGGCAAGAAAUUCUUCAUGGUCUUGGAUGCCAUAUCGAUUUGGGUGUACACUUAUACGGGUCGCUUACACUUGAAUCCCCGCUACCCAGGUUUGCAAGCACAAGUACCACUGCUUACAUGGCGCGCGAUAUCUCUCGGAUUGGAUGUCUUGGCUAUACGAGAUAACUCUGAUAACACUGUAAUUCACAUCUUCGACCUUGUGCCAGGCGCUUCACGGCAAUAUGAACCACAUUCAAUACGCGCAAAAACUCAAAUUUCCGAGAUCUCCGCAUGUCGCGCCGGUACACUUGAUGACCAAUAUGUCGUGCUUAUCGAUAACAAUCGAGAAUUGUACAUCACAGAGACACGUAAUUUGAAUAGCAGUGUCGGAGCUGGUGGCGGUGGAGUUGGAGGUGGAAAUGGCUUAAGCGCUGUAGCUGGUGUGAGUGGCAACUCCGAACGCGGAAUAAGUGGACGCACAAAUAACAGCGGCGAAAUUUACAAAAUCGGCACACAAGUGACUACCGUUAUGUGGGGCAGUGAGACAAAUAUUUUGGUAGGCGUACACGAUACCUGCUAUAGCAUUUGGUAUUGCCCGGGCGAGGGCGCAGCCGAUCCAACGCUGAUCGCGUUAACAACGGUCACUAUAGAUGCCACUGAAUUUGGUAAAAACAUAACAUUGGAGUCUUUUGAGGACGCUAUCGUAACUUUCCGUUGCGCCGGCGCGCUGCUGCCCAUUAAUGUGAAUAUCUAUUGUGAAAUUUUGCAUCGCACUUUGAUGGAGGGGCAGUGGCAACAGGCAUUAAAAAUUUGCCGCCUAGUACAAAAUGGUAACCUCUGGGCCACACUGGCGGCAGUCGCAACGCGCAAGAAUCAACUACAAAUCAGCGAGGAGGCAUAUUCGGCCGCACUACAGAUUGACAAAGUCAGCUAUCUGCAAUACAUAAAGGAAUUACCGUCUGCAAGUCCGGAACAAAUGGCGGAGAACUCGCUAAUGCUCGGACGUCUGAUCGAAGCGGAGACUAUUUUAUUGCAUAACAAGAAGUUCUCUGAGGCUGUUGCACUCUGCUUACGUAUGCACAAUUGGCAUCGGGCUCUGGAGGUGGCGCAGAAGCAUGAACCCGUAUUAUUAGAUAAGGUGCUCGAGCAGAGGCGCAGGUAUUUAAAAGCUUUGCAACGUGAUGAAUGGGACGCGGUAUUUUUACCGUUCCAACUGAAAGAGAAUGAUGCAAGUGAAUAAAGUUUUACUAUUAAUAAA